AUGAUAUUCCGCAAAUCGAUACAUAAACAAACUGUGCGUUUGCUUUCUCACUCUUCAUUCCUCAGAUCAUCCUAUAAUCAAGUAUCGAGAAAAACCGUUGCCGAUAUCCAUCAAUUUCACCAAUCGCAAAAGCCAAUCUCGGUGGUAACGGCCCAUGAUUUCAUAACUGCCAAACUAGUGGAUGCUGGAGAUAUAGAUAUAUGCUUGGUUGGUGACUCGCUAGCGAAUACCACAUUGGGAUACCAAGAUACCAAUGAAUUGACCUUGGACGAAAUGAUGUACCAUGUUCAAUCAGUUCUGCGAGGCAAUGAUAGAUCCCUAAUUAUUGCUGAUUUACCAUUUGGAUCAUUUGAAGCAUCAGUGGAGCAGGCUACUAAAUCAGCAAUCAGUUUAGUUCAAAAAGGUAAAGUUCAAGGUGUCAAAUUAGAGGGUGGGAAUUCUGAAAAUAUCCCCACAAUUGAAAAAUUAAUCUCAGUAGGGAUACCAGUUAUGGGACAUGUUGGAUUAACACCUCAGAAACACAAUGCCAUAGGCGGUUUUAAAUUACAAGGCAAAGACGCAAAGGGGGCAUUGGACAUUUAUCAAGAAUGUCUAAAUUUACAAAAAGCUGGUGUGUUUGCCAUUGUGUUGGAAUGUAUUCCCAAUAAAAUAGCUCAAUACAUUACCGAGAACUUGUCAGUACCAACAAUUGGCAUUGGUGCUGGGCCCUUUUGUUCAGGACAAGUACUUGUGAUUUCAGAUAUGUUGGAGUUGAAGAAUCCUGAAGAAAGUCAUAUUGCUAAAUUUGUUAAACCUUAUGCUCAAUUUUAUCAAGUAGGAGUUGAUGCUAUGAAACGGUAUAAACUUGAUGUGGAAACUAAGCAAUUCCCCUUGGCUGAUGAACAUGGAUACAAAAUUAAAAAGGAUGUUUUUGAACAAUUUAAACAAGAGGCGCAGAAUCUUAAAUAA